AAUACGUACUAGUAGAAUAGAAGGAUCAGAACGCACUUGUGAGCAAGAUACAUUUUGGCGAAAAAAAGAGCGAUUGAUCAGAAAAAUGGAUUUGGAAUCGGUUGGUGAUUUAGCGAUUCACAUGAUUAUGGAAAAUCUAAAACCCGAAGACAUUGCCACCGUUUCCUGUGUCAGCAACAGGUUUAGGUCUUUCACUUCCGAUGACUCUCUCUGGUUCAAAAUCUGCUCCACUGAACUCUCUCUCACUCAACCAAUUGAUCAUCUCGGAAACCCUCUCCCUUCCUUCAAGGAAGCUUAUCAAACAUGGAGAGAAGCUUUUGUUAUGUAUCCUUGGUCGCUUGUUAAGCGUGUGAAAAGGUGUUGGGACAAUAUAAAAACGUGGCUCGCCGAUAAUUUUCCGGAAGCUAAGGACACUCUUUGUGAAGGUGCGACGGAAGCUGAGAUUCAGGAGUUGGAGGAUGUUUUACAUGUUAAAUUGCCUCUUCCUACGAGGAUUCUUUACCGUUUUCAUAAUGGGCAAGAGAUCGGAAAGCUAGAUCUUGAUAUUGAUACCGACACCUUUGGUACUAGUUUGGGGAUAAUCGGAGGUUACUCCUUCUAUGAUCAUUUGGUGAAUGUUUAUUUGUUACCAAUUAGUCAAGUAAUCCAAGAGACUCAGCAAAUUUCGCAGAAUUUGGGAUUUUUAAGAAGGUCUAAGUAUGUUCUUGUGGCUGCUUCGUCCACGUAUAGUGAGAAGUUUUUUUUCUUAAACUGUACCAAUGGUCAACUGUAUGUUGGGACCAGGAAUCUUCUUACCAAUAGAGACAUGAUGCCGUGUGUUCCUCAUAAUUUGAUUAGUUUGCAUCAUGAGUUGGAUGGCGAAAAUAUACAGGAUGCCAUGCUACUGUGGUUAGAAGAACAUGGUCGCCGUUUACAACGUGGCUUUAUCAAACUGAUUGAAGAAGGAAAUGACAAAAGCAUUAAUCUUUUCCCAGAAGAAUCCCCUCUCUGUUCAACUGCUGUAACCAACGGUGUGCAGGUUCGUGCCUCUGCGUUGGUUAUCCCUGAGUUGGUUGAUGUUCAAGAUGACCGUGAGAAGUACCUAUUUUCUUAUUCCAUCCGCUUGUCCUUACAACCUCAAGGAUGCGAGAUCAAUGGAAUGUCAUACCGCUCUUGCCAGCUGUAUUGGAGGCACUGGAUCAUUCAUGCUAAUGAUGUUGUAGUAUCUGAUGUCGAUGGAGAAGCUGUUAUAGGAAUGUACCCACUUUUGCGUCCAGGUGAGAAAGAAUUUGUUUAUCAGAGUUGCGCAUCUCUACCAACAUCAUCUGGUACCGUUGAAGGUUCAUUUACCUUUGUACCUGGAAGAUUGGUAGACCCAAGAGGAGAUCCAUUCCUAGCUACAGUUGCACGUUUCCCUCUUCAGCUGCCAGACUAUAUUUUCUGAUUUGCUUUGUGAAGGGGUUCAGCUAUCUCUAAUGGUUAAUUGCAGCUCUGGGAUGAUUUGAGUGCAUCAUGUUACUUUGUAUAAUAAGAUUAAUUGCAGCUUUGAGAUGAUUUGAGGGCAUGAUGUUACUUUGUAAAAUAAGAUGCUUGGCUGUCGAGAGUUUAACUUGCUAAUGCACUAUUUCCCUAUGUAUUUAUCUAUAUAUUUGUAGGGUUAGUAAUAUGGUACUUCUCGCAACCUCUGGUUUGUCUCCUAACUUUGUUACAAUAAUUCGAUGUCUGAAUGUAUGAGCAAUGCAUGCAUAAAUGGAAGUAUUAAGUAUUGUUGUUCA